AUGGGUCUCAUGGAGCUGCUUCAGAAGAUCUGCACUUCCACGCAGCCGAUCGUCGUCCAUUGUUCUGCGGGAAUCGGUCGAACCGGGGCCGUGGUGUUGAUCCAGAGCUCGCUGGAGACGAUCGCCGCCGGGUAUGCGACAAUUGAACAGUACCUCUACGUCCACAUGUAUCUCCUCCAUGUUUUCGUGAAGGAGGGCUGGGUCCCUGACGAGAAGGUGGUUGCCGAGAUCAAAGGCAAAUUCACUACGGAUUACGAAAUAGCUGCUGCGGCUGCGUUGCAGAAGCUCAACGAGACGCCAGCUGGAUCUGCCGAAAAGAUG